ACAUCCCGGGUCUUCUUUGGCAGGCAGGAGCGAGCUCGGGUUUGUGUAACCGCCCUCCUACUCACCAUCCUCCGUUUCACAUUUAUGAUGCUCUUCGGCCCGCGAGGUUCGUGACGCGAGAUCCAGGCAUCAACGUCAUCUACCACGUCCUUUCUUUUGCCUGAUUUCUUUCUGUCGUUAAGUAUCGUUGUGUUCUUGCACAAUGUCAAAUGAGACAGCGCUCAUGAUACCCCCAUCCCUUGUCACUCUUUUCAAGCACCCUUGAGCCGAGACAAUAUCUUAUGGGCUUCGAAUCUGUGCAAGCAGGUCGAUACGCACUACGACCAAUCACCGGGAGGUUCCAGCAUUGUAGUGUCCUAAUAGAAGUCGACAACAUGGAUCAGUCAAGGCCAUCCGCGUCUGUCGUUGAAGAGACACAAGAAGAGAGCGCAAACAAUCACAGCCCGAGGCGUUGCUUCUGGCUCGCUGAAGGUCUGCCAGAAUCCGGACAAUUCAUGGCUGUCAACACAAGUUUUGACUCGAUAGUCCGAUCAUCAUCACAUCAAUCACCCGAUGUCAACGGAACGGUGUACACAUACGCUUCGUUAGAGAAAGAAGAUGCGGAUGACCAGACGGAGUCCGAGAGUGAGGUCGACCUGCCGUCGGCUCAGAAAAUGAUCGAGUGUCCACCCGCCACAAUAUCUCCGGGUAUUUCAAGCUUGUCUCGAGUUGCGGCGACGCGUUCGUCUAGUUCUACUAGCGACAUGCGGCAUUCUGUCAAGGAUAGCAGAAAUCCUUGGUCGACAGAUGCACCUACCGGUGCCGGCCCUCGGCGAACGACAAAGCCGACGAGCUGUCACGCGGCUAAAAAUAAGUCGCAGCCUGAAGCUGAACGCAGCACGAAGGAAACAUCACCUCUUGCUAUUGCUGGCUCAGAUCCGCAAGAUCUUCCUGCUCAACCGGGCCAAGAAGAAGAAAGAGACGAGCCGCCAAUGAAACGAUGUCGAGUGAGGAAGUCCCUUCGAACAAACGUAGGUCCAACGAGCAGUGGCACUGAGCCAGCGACUACUGAGUUGUUUCUAAGCAGCCACGUCCGGCUGGAUGACAAGAGUCGGAUAUUUCUUGAGAGUCAAGCUGUGUCGACUGUCAAGAAUCCUAAACAAUUUCCGCCCGAUUGGUCAACUCUCGUCCACGUUGUUCCCGACAAGGGCCCUUUCAGGACCGUCAAAGUACUUCGGACGCUGACCGCCGGGGGCGUCGUGGUGAAAAGGAGUUGGAUCCGCGAAAGCCUGCGCAAGUCAAAACUCGAGAAGGUGCGCAAUUUCAUUCCCAACGCACUCAAGAAUAGUAUCGGGCGUGACCGUAAGUCGGUCUUCGCCAACAAAACGCUCAUAUUUACGUCGAAGGCGCACAGCCAGAUUGAGCAGUGGGAAGAAGUCUGCGGGUUAGCGAUUGAAGCUGGCUGUGCAAAGAUCUGCGUGGCCUCGCAAGCUCACUUGAGUUCUCCGCCCCCAGGAGGUAAUGUAUGCCUUUUCGGAGAGAACAAAUCCAGCGACAAGGACGCAGCUACGUGGAUCCGCGUGCAUCAUCGGGUUGUGUGGGAUAGACAUCUACUCGCACGCGCUAUCAUUGCUGGCGAAUUUGACCCCAGCGAUGCCAAAUAUCAACUUUGUCUGCCACUCGGGACGCAGUCGAUCCAGUAUGAAUAUUGCUAGUCCGUACGGGAACCACAUUCGUCAUGGCCGGAGAGCGGUGAUCAGCGAGCACUUGUCUGUUUUUGUGUUGCAUGCGCUCUUUUAACUCCCGGAGUUGCAAGCCGUCGUCACGCUGCCUCCUGAGAAGCGAGUUGUGAGCACCAAGCCGGAUGUUCAAAGUAUAUCUGUACCAUGAUUGUAGGGAAAUUAUCCAUAUAGCUACAAUAGCAACUGUCU